UCUGACUGAGACGGCUGGAAUUUCAGGGCGUGACGUCACUGCCUUCAACUCUCCCACAAUUUGGAUCAAGAAAAGUUGGACUUCUCCCUUUUUUGGGGGGUGGGGGGGCUGUCUUUUUUUUUUUUGGUUGGGACUUCAGCCUCUCUCUCGUUUCCUAGAAAGCGAGAUUCAGCUGUCUUCCAGUAAUCCCAAAGAGGGAAAUAAAGGUGACUUAUCCUGUGAUCCUGACCAUCGUUAGUGUUGGUAUAUAGAGCCAUGUGGAACCCACCGAGUGACCAGAGCGGACAGGUAGCCGCCAGGAUGGAGACCACUCCGUCUCUGGGGAGCGCCAGCAUCUCCGUCUCUCAGCAGCAGGCCCCCAAGAAGUUUGCCCCCAUGGUCGCACCCAAGCCCAAGUUCAACCCGUACAAACAGAUCGGAGACGCCGGGCUGUCUGACCCUGCAGCAGACUACCCUCCCCCUCCGCCCCCUGCUGAAGAGUUUACCGGUUUCCCGUCACCGCCCGGUUCCUUCUCCCCUCCGCCGGUGGAUAACUUGUUCGAUUACCAGAUGAAAAGACCUGAGAAGACUCUGGAGGAGAGGCGCUCCAGCCUGGAUGCAGAGAUCGACUCUCUCACCAGCAUCCUGGAAGACUUGGAGAGCAGCUCGCCCUACAAGCCACGAGGCACGCAAAACUCCGGCUCCUCGGCCGGCUCUACCCCCAACGCUCCGGUGACGGGUUACAAGCGCAUGGUCAUCCCCAAUCAGCCGCCUCUGACCGCCACCAAGAAGACGAUGCCCAAACCCCAACCUCAAGGGGGCGUCUCGUCUGUGCCACCUCCCUCCGUCAGCCCUGUUGCCAGGCCUCCAGGCAACAUGGCUCCUCAACCCGUCCCGGCCUCCUACACCACAGCGUCAACCCCGAGCCAGCCCACCUUCAACGUCCAGGUGAGGUCGGCCCAGCCCGGCCCCCAGCACCAAGCCCCGGUCGGCCACCAUUACGGCCAGCAGCCGAUCCGUGGCCCCGCUCAGGUGCAGUACAUGCCCGCGCAGCCCAGAGGUCCCGACUUUGCGUAUGGGCCACCGCAACCCGGGUUCUCCCCCAUGGCAUAUCAGGAGCAGCAGUACCCUGGGGGGCCGCAGCUGGGCGGAGUUAGCUCCAGGAGGGCUGACCCGGUCCCUGCCCAGGCGUACCAGCCGCCAGGCCCAAGAAAAACCUACAUCACAGAUGUUCCCCCGAGCUUGGCUCCGUACACCGUCGGACCAGAUGUUCAGCCAAAGGGCGGCGCUCCCGCCUCGCACCCAGAGGACGAACUAGCGCGCCUGACCAAAAAGAUGCUGUUCGACAUGGACAACCCUCCGUCCGAUGAAUAUUUCGGACGCUGUGCCAGCUGCGGGGAGAACGUGGUGGGCGAGGGCACCGGCUGCACCGCCAUGGAUCAGGUGUUCCACGUCGACUGCUUCAUCUGCAUGACCUGCAGCAAACCCUUGCGUGGCAAACCCUUCUACGCUGUGGACAAGAAGGCGUACUGUGAGCCCUGCUACAUCAACACUCUGGAGACCUGCAACAUCUGCAGUAAGCCGAUCAUGGAGCGCAUCCUGCGGGCGACGGGCAAGGCCUACCACCCUCACUGCUUCACCUGCGUGGUGUGUCACCGCAGCCUGGACGGGAUCCCCUUCACCGUGGACGCCUCCAACCACAUCCACUGCAUCGAGGACUUCCACAAGAAGUUUGCUCCGCGUUGCUGUGUGUGCCAUGAGCCCAUAAUGCCGGCGCCGGGCCAGGAGGAGACCGUCCGCAUCGUGGCCCUGGAUCGUGACUUCCACGUGAAGUGCUACCGCUGCGAGGACUGUGGCUGUCUGCUGUCUGAGGGGGACAACCAGGGCUGCUACCCUCUGGAUGGACACGUCCUCUGCAAAAACUGUAACACCAGCCGCAUCCAGGCGCUGACUGCCAAGGCUACCACUGAUCUCUGAGCAGCCAGCCCAGCCAGCCGCCCCGCUCAUCUCCACUGUGAUUACCCAGCAAGCGCUCUCUUCCUUCUUCCUUUCAUUCCCAAAUACCCAUCCAUCGAAGCUACACACACACACACACACACACACACACACACACACACACACAGACACACCUGUAUAUCCCUCUGUAUUUAUGUUCACCUUAAGAUACGAGAAACAGCAUCAUGUGUUCACCUUCGACACGUAGCACCGACGCGGUACAACCACUGCAGGGAAGCUUUGUGUUAUUGAGCUCCGCUUUAGAGCCAGCUUCUAGUUACAGGAAGUGAGCUGCUGCCUUUCAUAUUCACGCCCAACCUAUCAGGUAUCCAUCAGAAAAUAAUACAUCACCCAGUGUUAUUAUAAGUCACCAUCUAUAUGGGCUUCGUUUAAGUCAGGCUGCAUGAGUUGUUAUUCAUCAACCCAAAUGCUUUUCCGUCAGACUUCCCUCUUAAGAUCCAGUCUGCCUCACAUGUUAGUCAGACCCACCCAGCAGGUGAGGUCAUGAGGUUAGCAGACCUCACCUGCUGGGUGAGGUCUGCUAACCCAGCAGACAUGUUUGUGUGUCUGUGUGUGGCUAAACGCUGGCCUUUUUUAUUUCUUUCUUUUUUUUCUCUCUUCUCUUCCCCCCAAAGUGUUUCUAAAAUGUAGAGCAGAAACACCAAACACUAGGGGGUAAAAACGGCACGGCGACGAGCCGAAUCCAACCCCGCCGCCGCAUGAACCGACACCAAAGACCCGGCGUUGAACCUCAGCGCUUCCUGUUUCCUUGGUUUAAUAUGCAAGUACGCUAAAUGUUGUUUACUCUCAGUACAAACAAUCAGUUCCUCUGUCGGGAGCAAAACGUUUGGUGCCUUUAUGACCCAUUAUUUUCCGACUCUCUGCUGUAUUCAGUAGAUUACCUAUAAGUGGCCUAAACGGUAAAAUCAUCCCACUUCUCUUCAGAUGGAUGAAACUUUUUAUAUAUAUAUAUGAGUGUAGUAUCGCCCCCUUUAUUUUAAGAGAGUUUUAAGAGAUAAAAAUGAAUACACUCUAUGCAAUUUUCAACAUUAAGUGCAUCGACACUUUAGAAAAAUGAAAUGAUAAAUAAGGAAAUAUUUUACGUGUACAUAUUGGAAUUUAAGUGUCCUUAUAGCGAACCCUUAGGCCCACACUGAUGUCGGUACGCUGUGCUGUAUGUCGGUAUUUGAGCUCAGCUUUUAUAUGUAGUGUUAGUUUAAAGUUGUUGGGAGAACAAGGGACCAAGAAAGAUUUCCUGAAAAGUUUGGGUUUUUUUAAAUCACCAUCUUUAAUGUGGCAGAUGAACAAUAGGUUUCUUCUUUCUCUUCAGUCUAAUUGCUCCAGUUGGACUUGUGAAUAUUUAUGACGGGGAGUUCAAGGUACCGUGUGAAGUUUGAAACAGUUUUAUUUUGCUGGCUGACUCUUGUUUCCUGGAGGGGGAAAAGCUCCGCCCACAAAAGGUGGUGAAACAUUUUAUAAUUGGAUGACCGAGUUUGCCGAUAAAUGAUCGUAAAUCAACAAUUAAAGAAGCAACCCUGAUGAGUAACACUAGUGCGUCCCGAUGGACGGCCGACUGGAAAACUUCACAGGGUACCUUCAAGCAGCAAACACCGGGGAAACUAAAGACAAAUGAAAGCCAUUUUCUGAUUUAAUUCUGGAAAAACAUCUUAACUAUAGUAUUCUCUCUCCUUAUUAUUUCUUUCACCUAUUAUAUGUUCUAAUGACAACAAAAAACAUCUCUCUGCAGUGCAUAUGGCGUUACUGUAGAUGUGAUUAAGCCGUGGCGAUAUUGUUAACAUGGGAACACUUUGGAAAUAACUAUGCUAAUGAAACUUUAGCUUAACUCUCAAGUUCUGUCUUGAUUUGUCUUUUCCUUAAAAAAAUAAAAAAUACCUAAAAAAAACAGCCCAAACUCAGAAAUUGACAUGUGAGGCAUUUCGAUGUCGGGGUGAGGAGGUGGCAGGUCGGUGGACACAACGAAGAGCCUCAAGCAGGAAGGAAGCGAAGGAAACGAAGGCCGCUCCUCCGAAAGGUUAGGCAACCUGAACCCGAGUCCUCAGGGAUAAUAUGUCAAUAUUAGGGCCCUUUUUUUUUUCUUUUUUUUUUUAUGACAACCAAGUUCUUCGUCGCAUAGAGAAACGUCUCCAUGUUGCAGAACUUUGAGACACAGACGACUAAAAUCUCCAUUUAUUUUAAACCAAACUGCAGGUAUUCUGAGAGAGGGUGCUUCUCUUGGAGAACAAAUGAACAAACACAUCUUUACUUCAGACAGAUCCAUAUAAAACUAAUUCUGCACACAGUUUUUUUAAAUUAUUAUUCUAGAAGUUUAUUAAUGUUCUAUUGGAGCAAGAAUUAGCCAGCACAUACUUUUAUUUUACACAAAACCCCCCAAAAGAUUAAAUGGAUAGUUUAAAUGUUUUUUACGUAUGGUUCUGUGAAGUUAUUAUCAAAAAUAGUUGCUUUAUUUGUGGUAGAUGAAUGUAACAUGUUGGUGAGUUUGUAGAAAAGUGAAGAAAUCAUUAUAGCAGUGGAAGGCUAACAGCUAGCUAAGUGGCUAGCUGUUAGUUAAAACUGUGUGUGAGAUUAACAAUAGUUGGCUCUUAAGGGUUGUCUGGGGUUUUUUGUAAGCCGGCCAACAUUCGUGUUGCUACGUUAGCUGAAACAGCCGGCUGUGUCAAUCUGCCUGGUCAGCUGGGGCACAACAAUCUGCCCUGAGGUCGCUAAGAGAGCAGCUAGCUCUGUUGGUACAAGAGUAUUUACUGAAUGUACAUUCCUGUGCUUUCCCCAAGUCUCCUAGCUGAUCGGUGGACUAACGAUCAGGCGCAUUGAUACAGCUCCCAUCCUCCAACAUAACUUAACGUUGUGUAUCAACAACGGUUUGUUGGAAUGGCAACAAUAUUCAAAAAUAUGGUGCUGCAGGAUCGUCAAAAUCCAUGUUCCUCUUUUUGUUUCUUUUUUAGAGUUUUUCCCCAAAACAAAUGUGUUUAUGUCCUUAAUAUAUAUUUUAUUGUAUUUUUUUAUUAAUUAAAAUGAUCUGCUUUCCCUGAUUAAAUUCUAAUUUUUUUAAGUGAGUUGUUUUAAAUAGCUAAAGUCAACUAAAUUAAAUGUUUCUACAAACUCCAUCAAGUGACAUUUCAAUUAGAGGCAAGAAAAUUAUUACUAAUAACCUGAAAGAACAUUCCUUCUAAAAUCUGAACUAUCCCUUUAAAAUGAAGAAGAGUUUUCUUCUCUUCACUGUGAACUAAAUCAUGCCUGCAUGUCGGUGUCGGCUUUAUGAGCAGGUUAUCUACAAAGUGUCCCCAUGUUUUAUAUGUUCUCACUUCCUUCAAGCAUUAUAUAGUUUAGAGUGUGACGUGACACGAGACCUCUGAAAGAGACGAUGUAAAGAUUGGUGGUCUGUUCUUAUUCUUCUGUUGUCGCCUGCAAAAGUGGCUUUUAUCAGAGCAGCAUCAGGUCACGAUACCGUACGUCUGAUCCAGCCGUGCCUCAAAGAUUUGGCCUUGUUUACUUGUUUUCUAACCAAAGUAAAUACAGUUUUUUUCUAGUUUUGGACACUUUGGGCCGCAAGCAGCUGAUUUUCAUUAUUAUUAUUAUUAUUAUUAUUAUUAUUAUUAUUUUGUGUUGGUCAGAGUAAAUUCUUCCAGCCCGUUGUCAGACCAAAGCGUCUGGUCUGAAUCUGCAGACAGGGGCCCAUCAUCUAGUCCUGUAUUUCUUUUUCUUCUUUAAUAAAAGCUUUGCAAAAGCA